AUGGGCAAGUUCCAUGCCCGGUUGUACAAGACCGACCGUGCUCGGGAUUUUGACCACGAGCAGGAUCGAUAUGUCCGCACGCGACAGAUUUACGAGACUAUCGACCGACAGGGCUUCCAGUGGAUUGUCGUGCUGGUUGCUGGUCUUGGGUUCUUCCUCGAUGGUUACACAUUAUUCGCUAAUAAUAUAGCCCUUCCCAUGAUCUCCUAUGUCUACUGGAGGAACGACAUUUCCUCGUUACGACUCGCAUGCAUCAACAUCGCAACAUUAGGUGGAACCUUGCUGGGCCAAGUGGCUUUCGGUUUCCUAGCCGAUAAGAAUGGCCGAAAGAAGAUGUAUGGUGUUGAAUUGGUCCUGCUGAUUACUGCCACUCUGGGCGUUGUCAUGUCCUCUACAGGCGUGGACGGCAGCAUGAACGUCUACGGGUGGCUUAUUUGGUGGAGAAUCUGUGUCGGGAUUGGAGUUGGCGCAGACUACCCACUGAGCGCAGUAAUCACAUCUGAAUUUGCCCCGACCAAGCAUCGCGCCCGCAUGAUGGCAAGCGUCUUCUUCAUGCAGCCGCUCGGCCAGAUCGCAGGUAACAUUGUCUCAAUCAUCGUUAUUGCCGUCGCUCGCGGUAACAGUACCCCGGGUGAAGAUAUCAGCCGUACUGUUGACAUAAUGUGGCGCUGGGUCCUCGGUAUUGGGGUCGUACCCGGUGCAAUCGCUACUCUUUUCCGAUUCGCCAUUCCAGAGAGCCCACGCUAUCUCGCCGAUAUCGAAGACGACACCAUCACCGCGGAAUUCGAUGCAUCUACACUUUUCAGCGAGACGGCUGGUAUGAUCGACUCAGUCAACUGGGGAAACAGCACGAUAUGCAGUGCAGGUAGUGCGAUACAACUUCCCCCGGUCUCAUCCAUCACCACCUGUUCGGUCAUUGACGAUGAUGAUGAAGAAGAGUUCACCCGUCUCCCGCCCGCUACCCUUAACUCUCACUGGCGACUAGCACGUACCGAUAUCGUUCGGUACUUCUGGACCGAGGGCAACUGGCGCAGCUUGGCUGGUUGUUCCCUAGCAUGGCUCCUGCUUGACUUUGGGUUCUACGGUAUUGGAUUAUCAAGCCCGCAGUUCUUGGCCAAGACUUGGGGCACACUUCAUAUCUCCAAGGCAGCGCCGAACUGGAUGACCGACGAUAGACCAGGCGCCAAUAUCUUCCAGAUGUUUAUGAAUACGUCUAUACAUGGGCUAGUUGUGCUCAAUAUCGGAAGCUUUGUCGGUGGAAUCCUACUCAUCAUCUUUGCCCAUAAGCUGGAUCGAGUCGCACUUCAAAAAUACAUGUUUCUCGCGUUGGCGGCGCUGUUUAUCGCCCUAGGAACCAUGUUCGUCAGCCUCUACUCCGGUCCUCCUGCUGUGGUGGCACUGUAUAUUGUUGGCCAGAUAAUGUUUAAUUUUGGCCCCAAUGCAACAACAUACAUGAUUCCCGCUGAGAUCUUCCCAACUCGAUACCGUGCUACCUGCCAUGGCAUCAGCGCCGCAGCUGGGAAGCUCGGCUCUAUCCUCGUACAGGUCUUUUCAACGUAUUAUCGCUUCGGCGCAGGGCCGGGCAACGAAUCGACCCGCAAACACGGAAUUGUUCUUCUUGUUUUCAGCGCCUGCAUGGUCCUCGGUGCAGUAGUCACACACUUCUGGGUUCCACCUAUCCAACAAGAACGACCUGGUAAGAGUAAGCUUUGGGGCGGAAAGCCUGAGACACUUGAAAGCUUGGCUUUUGGUCGGAUGGGACGCAAGAGCCGAGAUGCGGGCUGCCGGAAACGAACAUCGCGACAUCGGGCACUUUCGAUGAGUUUGUAG